GAUCAAUAUUGACCUAGAAGAUUCUAGAAUUAACUAGUAUAUUUGAUAUACUUGGUUGGAAGUCGAGCAUUGGAAUUUGUGGAAAAAAUAUCUAAAAUUGAGGAUGAGACCAAGGACACAGUGGAGAAGUCUAGAAGCUUUGAGUAGGCCAAAGCAACCGACUUUGUCAAGUAUAAAAGGAAGCUUUGGCUUCCCUGCUUGGUGAGCUACACAAGUGAGCUCCAAGGAGGCUCUCGGUUGGUGUGAAUGAAAGAGCUACUCAAUUGAGUAGAGUAAGCUCUUAGAAAGAGAGAGCUUUCAUGUGUCAAUAAAUGUUAAGAGUUGUGUUUAUGUGUUGAGUCUUAAUUAUGUGUGUGGGUCCUGCUGCAUGUGUAUGAGUAUUUUAUAUUAUAUCAAUGUAUUUGCUUGUAUAAAUUAUUAGUAUAGUAGAAUUAAUUUAUUUUCUCGCCCAACAAAACCCACUGAUGAAGUUCCAGAGACAUUUACAACAUUUGCUUCCUCCCCAGCAGUUGUUACUGAAUCAGGAGCCACAGAAUGUGGUUCUUUUCCAGAGCAAAAGCCUGAAACCUCAAGCAGCCUUUCCAUUCCCAAAACUGGACUUGGGUCUGUGGUUGCUCCAAAACCAUCGUCUUCAAUACAGAAGCUGAAUUCAUCUGGUGAACUUAAGAAUGAUUAUGAGGAAGCAACUGAAAACGAGGAAAGCACCAUGCCUAGUACAAGUUUCUCCUCUGUUCUAACAAAAUCGAGUGAGAUGGAUUCUAAAAUAUUGCAGCAACUUGAUAAGUUGAUCUUACCAAAAGACAAAUUAUCUGAGCCAAAUCUACCUACUUCAACGGAUAAAUCACCUACUAAUAUGUCACCAUCCAUGCUCCACGGACAGGCUCUGAAAAGCCUUGAGGCUGUUGAUUCAUCAAAAUUUCUGGGUGAUGUACAAGAUAAGUUGGAUGCUUCACUUGACAAGAAAAUACCGGAUGCUCGAGACACUACUUCUUUUGAACAAGACACGGUUGAAGAAAGUGGCCGGUUAAAAAUUGUCACUUCUUGUGACGAGGCCACUGAUGUGGUGAAUGAUGUAGAUUCUGCAGUGCCAAAGAAGAAUAUAUCAAUGAAUAGUGAUUCUACAGUUUCUGAUGCACCAAUCUUUGUUGCCUCUCCUCCACAAAAGAAGUGGGCUUUUCGGAUGAGUGUACCUGAGGAUUUUCUGGAGCUCGAUGAUGAUGAUGAUGAUGAUGUAUGUUCCAAUGGUGCUGCAUCUCAUUCAUCGACCGAUGGGACACAGAAGGUGGAUACCUUUUCAGCAGAGAGGAAAAGCCACAAUACUGAAGCUGUUAUACUGGCGAAGCCGCCCUUAGCUUUCUUGGAAUGCAAACAUUCUACAUCUGCAGUGAAUAAGAAAUCUGAUCCAGAAACCUAUGAUGGAUCAGUGAGUGCUGACGUAAAUAGCAACAUUGUCAAUGCAGAUGCAUCUUCCCCUAGUAUGGCAGUUCUGUGCACGGAGGUUGCUACUCGGGCUCCCUUGACAUCUGAUGUAGCUUCUCCACCCAUGGUGUCAAAUGUCGCCCUGCCCAUAUUUAGCUUUGGGGAUAAAGUUGCAUCAACAAAAGAUUCAGAUGCUGCUUCUAACACAAGUAGUUUUGGCUCUAAACACGCUGAUGAAGUUCCAGAGACAUCUACAACAUUUGCUUCCUCCCCGGCAGUUGUUACUGAAUCAGCAGCCACAGAAUCUGGUUCUUUUCCAGACCCAAAGCCUGAAACCUCAAGCAGGUCUGUCUACAUGGUGGAAUUCUCCAUGGGAAGUGGUGGUGGUGUUAACAAGUCUAAUAGAAAAUUUUACAGGGUUAACCGUAAGUGUAAUAGAGGAUUUAACAAGGUUAAAGGUAAGCAGCGGAGGUUGUCUGUUGGGACUGGGAAUGCAUCCUCCACUAGUAUACCUAUUCAAUUUGGUUCAACCACAUCAUCUCCAUCCUCAGGUUUUGCUGGGAAUAGCAUCUCUACUGGCAGUUCUAUCUUUGGUUCUACUACUGCUGCUCAAGUGUUUGGUUCAGGAACUACUGGACUUGGUUCUGCUGCUUCGCCAUCAGAUACCAACCCCAUUAGCUCCAGUAGUGGUACUCCUACAGUCUUGUUGGGUACCAGUUGGCAACCUGCAAAAUAUUCAAUAUUUGGUUCCACAUUCAGGUCUGCAUCUCCAUCACCUGGAUUUUCCUUUGGACCAUCCACAGCUUCUGGUGCUACAACGAUCAAUUCACCUAUGGUUCUUGGGGCGUCCACAGGUUCUGCUACUACCACAAACAGUGCACCCAUGGUUUUUGGGGCAUCGACAAGUUCCGCUGCCGCCACAAAUAGUGCACCUGCAUUUUUUGGAUCAUCCAAUGGUGCAUCAACAAGUUCCAUUUUUUCAUUCACUUCACCCUUUGUUGGUGCCUCAACACAGCCUACGUUUGGUAACCCUAGUUCUGCUUUCUCAUUUUGUUCUUCUGCCGCAGCUAAUAAUGAUCAAAUGAAUAUGGAAGACAGCGUGGCUGAGGACACUGUAGCAUCAGUGCCUUCGGUCCCAGUAUUUGGUCAACAAUCAGUCUUGCCCUCACCCUCUUCAUCUCCAUUUCAAUUCGGUUCAGCGGGUCCAUCGGCAAGUACUCCAUUUCAAUUCGGAAGCCAAUUGAAUGUGCCAGCCCAUCAGAACAGUUCUCCAUUUCCAGUCUCCGGUAGUAUGGGAUUACUUCCUGAAGGGAGUAACUUCUCCUUUGGAUGUGGUGGUGGUGGUGGUGGUGGUGGUGACAAGUCUAAUAGAAAAUUUUACAAGGUUAAAGGUAAGCCACUGAAGAAGUAAUUGCACCAGCAGUGGUGGUGUUUCCUCAUCAAAUUUCAUAGUGAAUUGCGAUUGUGAAAGCAAUUUUUACCAUUGCAACACCCCGCCAGCAGAAGGUUGCUGGUUAUGUUGGUCAUCCUGAAUUAUUUGAUCGUGAUCAGCUUCUAUAAACUCCAGAAGCUUUCCUACUGUGCCAGCCAAUGCAACAGAUUCUGUACUUAAGGUGCCCGAGCCAUCAAAUGUUGGUAGUAGUGACGUUUCAGAAGACUAUGGAGUGUUUUCUAGUAUACCUGAAACUGGACUUCCUUCUUCUUUAUCAACGCUAACACCAACACCAACUGCUGGUAUAUUCUCCUUCGGCAACCUUCCUAGUAGUCUUUAGCUUCAGCUUCUGGUACCCCUGUAGAUUUCAAUAGUUUGACAAGUCACAAUUCAUCCAAUAGUUCAACCUUGGCCGGUGUUGUUAGCCUUAUUUCCACCCCUAGUGUCACUACUGCUUCCACCACCAUUGCCUCCACCGGCAGUCUCUUGACCUUGACUCCUGCAUCUUCAUUUCCAGUUGUAUCAGUUUUUAAAUUUGGUUCUGCAGCUUCAACUGCGGUUGCACCAGUUUCAGCCACGUUGGACUUGCCAUCCUCAGAAAGCAUAGCCAAGAAGGACACAGGUUUUUGCAUAAGUGGCGCACCAUUUGGUGUCACAGCUGCUGCCACUACAAGCACUGGAAGUAGCAUUUUUGGGUUUGGUGCAACUGCUACUGGCAAUUCUAUCUUUGGUUCUACUGCUCCUCCUAAACUCCGGAGGUGGUAUUCCUACAGGCUUGCUUGGUACUCGUUGGCAACCUGCAAAAUCUUCCAUAUUUAGUUCCACAUUCUGUUCUAAAUCUUCAUCACCUGGAUUUUCCUUCGGACUAUCCACAGCUUCUGCUGCUACCACAAACAAUUCAUGUUCACAGCUACUGGUGCUACCAUAAACAACUCAUCUAUGGUAGCAACUUCUUCAUGGGAAGUGAUGGAGGUGGUGGUGUUCACAAGUGUAAUAGAAAAUUUUACAAGGUUAAUGGUUAGCAGCGGAGGAUGUAAUUCCCAGAUAGGUUUCCUCAUCAAUGUUCAUUGUGAAUUGCAAUUGUGCAAAACGAUUUAUACCAUUGCUAUGCUGGUUAUGUUGGUCAUCCCCCGCUUCUCUGAGGCACUACAAGAAAAUUAUCAAUUACCGAUGAACAUAAAUUGUCGGCGAAACUGGAAAAUUCAUUGGUAAAGGAUUUACCGAGGAAACUAAAUUUGUCGGCACUGUUGUCUGGUAUACGUCCUCUGGGAUUGUAUUUAUCGAGAAAUAUUUUAUGUUUCUCGGUGAAUCCCUUUAUCGAUGAAUACUAAACUUUCUAGCCAAAUAAUAUUUCCAUCGACCCAAGAAUUGUCGAUAAAGGGCUUUGCAGACAAAAAAAGAAGCAGUUGAAAAUACAAUGCUGAAAAUUUUAAAACCAUUAGCGACAACAAGAUAUUGUCGGACAAGGCACCUUUAGCAACGAAUUGAUUGUUUGUCAGCAAUGAGUUCUCAAACGACGAUACUAUAAUUUGUUGGCGUAGGCUCCAUUAAAGAUGAAGUUAUAGUUUUUCGGAAAAUUUAUUAUUGUCGACAAAAUUUAUAUUUGUUGCCAAAUAGCUAUUUAGCGAGGAAACUGGUCUUCAGCAAUGGUUUUGUGGGACAAAUAUACCAUUGUCAAUAAAAUGUUUUAGCGGUAA